CUUGUACAAUUACAAACAUUAAUGGUGGUCAGAGAUGCAUUUUACAUGAGAUGCAGUUGGUAAUUGUCCAUUCUAAGAAAUCUGGCAACAUCAGUAAAAACUCUUUUUGAGGGAGCUACAAUCUGCUGCUUUCUAACAGACUUUAUGUCAGAAUGUUGCGCCCAGCCACAUCACUUGCAUUAUGUUCGCAUUUUGAAUCAGAAAGUAGCAGGACCUUGUGUUAGCUUGCUAUGUAGCUAGGCGGCACCGGCUAGAUCUUGUGAACGUGCCGAGGAGUUCACGCUAGCAUGCGUUAGCUAGAUUGAGCUAGUCGUGUUCCGUGACAUUUUAUUUAGCUCGCUGCUGGGUGUAAUGGUUAACUGGAAUCAGCAACGCUGUUAAGCUUGAAUACAUAAAACAUUAUCUGGCGUGUUAACUCGAUAGAUAACACUUAUUUGUAUGAGCGUCUGUUUCCGCGUCAGAUCUAAUUGGGCUAUCUUGUGUUUUUAGCUAUGUAUCUAUCGAAGCUACAUACUGUAGCUAAUAGUUUAGCUGAAGCUAGGUUCCUAGUUAGCCAACUACUUUGCGUCUACUGAUAUAGCUAGCUAGCCAGAUGCCGUGGAAACGUUAAUGGUAAACUGGGAAACAAAUAUGUUGUUGCCCGUCAUGAAAACGAAUUGGUUCGCUUUCUAAAUUUUUUUUCCACAUACGCCAGUAACAAUGUUCAAAACGGACCUAGCCAAAGUCAGCUAACUAGUAAUUAUAUUUUUCCGCCGUUACGGUGGCUACACGACCACAGCCUCCAUGUCCUCUGAACAGGCCCCCUUUCCUGCUGGCGCUACGGGGCUUCUUCGUGGGAACCGAACCAAGUCUUACGGUAGUCUUGUACGUUCUCCCGUGUCACCAGUGCAACAGGGACGGGUAAAACAUCAAGUACAACCAGGGGAUACACUGCAAGGACUCGCGUUGAAGUAUGGCGUAUCAAUGGAACAGAUUAAAAGGGCAAAUAGACUGUACACCAACGACUCCAUAUUCCUGAAGAAGUCACUCUCCAUCCCAGUGCUGACCGACCCUGAUUCACCUAACAAUGGAGUAGAGUCGGCAGAAAAAGUAUCCAGCCAAUCGGCUGAGAGUGACCAUAGAGAGGACCAGAGUCACAAUGUUGGGCAAGACAACGGGACAGGUGAUGGGCAUGCGAGUGGGGUGGAGGGAGAGUCUGACAUCUCACCAAUGGACUUCCUGAAAAGGAUAGAUAGUUCAAUCGACCAGUCCAAACAGGCUGCUGCUAGGAAGAUUGCAGAAGGAGAGAAGGGUGUGGGUCAGUUUCACACCCGCAGAGCCUCAGCCAGUCAGAUUACGGAGUCCCAUAGCUUCAGUUCCUCUCUCAGGACCCACCAGCGGGCCGUGCUGGGGGCUGUCCCACUCACCGUCACCAAAUGCACCAAGAAACUGAAGGACAAGGAGGAUGAGAUCUUUGAACUGUGAUGUCAUUGUUGCCUGUCUUUUAUAGGGAGGCAGGUACAGUAUGCCAUGGUUUUUAUUUUUAAGUCAGCAGGCUUAACUGGCUGAUCCUGAAGUUCUUACCUUAUAAGGUAAGAACUUAAGGAUCAUUGGGUGCUUGUUAUGUUUUUUUUGUUUGUAACAAUUAGCAACAGACAUUUUGCAACAGUUUUCUAAGUAUUCUUGACCUUUUAAUAUAGGCUGGUAUUAAGAAAAAAUGGCAGAAAAAUGCACUGUUCAGUCAUGAUAGAUGUUAUCUUAUGCACUAUUUAUUAAUAGGUGAAGUUCAGGGAUCCUGCAGAAAAAUAAAUAAUUAAAUAUGUGUGUGUCUGUCUGUAUUUUAGAAAAAAAAUGUUUCAGUGUUUAUAGACUUUGUCAUAAGUAUGUGUCAUACUUCGGUGGCAUAUUUGCCAGUUUUAGAUGUUAGACUGGUCAAUAAAAAAACCACCUGCACUCUAGAGCAAGUACACUGAAGCACGUCAGCUCAUUUACAAGGUAAGACUGAUGAAAUGCACAAAUGAGCCCAUUUCUGACGUGUGGGUGUGUGUUUGUGCCUCUGCCAGACUACAAAAAUGUGAAAGAAUAUAGAAUGAGUGUAACUAUUUUAUUCCACGCAAUAGAUCUACUGAUUUGUACCCUUUGCCCAAUAUUAAAAGGGUUUUGUAUAUUGA